AUGAACGCAUCGACCACGUCCUCGAGGAGGAAUCCCUUGACGACCUAUUUACGUCUGCUCCAUCGAAGCAAAACGACAUUGCCGCACGGCCAACUUAUUUGUGUCUCAGCCUCCCCGAACAUCAGCACGAUGGACUCGCUCCUGAGGCUGGCCUGUGCCGUUGGCCCUUAUAUCGCUGUGCUUCAAGUUCACGCCGAUAUCAUCGACGAUUGGUCCGUUGAAGCCGUUCGAAGAUUAACCAACAUUGCAAAACGGCUCGGUUUCUUAGUGUGGGAGGGUGGGCGAAUAUUGAAUACGAAACGACGACCAACGGGUCAGCACCCACUGUCCGGCCACGAAAUCGCCAGGGACAUUGCGAUGGCCCGGAAACGUUACACAAAGGGCAUCAGUGUGGCAGCCUGGGCUGCAUUGGCCAGUACUUGGGUCAUUGGGCCUGAGGAACAUAGCAAGGGUGGCAGUCAGCUUAUUCCCACUUUACGCCGGGCUGCGCGUGAAACUGUGUCACGCACGACCAUGUCUGUCCGCACAGAGAUUAGCGGGGGUCAAACGCCAAGUGCAGCUGGAACUAGCAUGGACGAUUGUAGAGACGACCUCUAUGACGACGAAGAGCAAGAUCAGGAUUUACUUAGUACCACGCUGGGGGGCCUCAAUAUUUCGCCGCCGCUACGGAAAGCCUCAGUGAUAUCUCUCACUCGAACUAUUACCCAACACGCCGAGUUAUCGAAGCCCUUGGUAGAACUAGAAGACUCGUGUGGCUGUGAUGAGAUUGAACUUGCACAGCACAAUGACCAGGACUCAGCCGCUGCCACUGCCCUCCCUCCCCCACCAGUCCUCUCGAGGGGGAUCGUUAUUUGCCUGCCUAGUGAUUCGCAAUCUACACCCCGACAGAGACAGGCGGCGAUUGCUUUAGGUAGGGCUCAUAGUGAUUUUGUCGUCGGUUUUGUAACGGAAGAAUCCUGGAUAAAUGCUCGAAAAGACCUAGCGCUUGCCAAUAGUCUACAAGACGACGACGACGGCGAAGAUGAUGACGAUGACGAUGAGGAAGAAGAUGGUGAAAGUCUGGAUGAAGUCGAAACGUAUGCGGUAUUUAGCCCACUCGAAAACGAUCAUGUUGGCCGCGGUAUCAAUGUCCAGGAGCCCCUUACAGGGGAGGAUGAUGGCCUGCCAGAAUUACCCAAACCAUCCCAUCCCCAGUCAGGCUUCGGCACAAAGGCCCAGCAAAUAUUUGCAUUGCAUCAACUCGUCGCCCAGGCUCUCUCAAUCCAAACCGGCAAAAGCACCACUGGCUCUCCCGGUCCUUCGGGCUCAAAAAAAAGAGGUGUGGAUAUCUUGUAUAUCCCGGUCAUAACCAUGAACCUCUGA